UUUCCCAAAAUUUUAUGAACCCUCUAAUGUAAAGGCCUUGAGAGAGCCCGCUUCAUCACUUUGAAGAUAAAGCUAAGACCCCAUCAGUACAAGUGUGUUGGACCACUGAAGUCUGGAAAUCAAGGUGCUUAGGCGGUGGCCCACGGCGAGUUCUUGCCCCAAAUCAAUAAAAAAACUCGAGUACUAAUAGUAAUAUUUUGUAUUUGUCUUGACAUCGCGUGAAAAGCACGCGACGGCGACAUCGAGCUUGGUACUACAGUACCUACGCCAGUCCUUGCUUCCGAUUCCUAACUGUCGAAACUCUAAAGUGGUUGGGUUCCCCUUCUGCGCCAAUCUCGAUUUCCGCUGACGUCUAGGGUUUUUUUUUCUUCCUUCUGCGGUUUCCUAUCCUAAUCCCUACUUUCUAAAAAAUUUAACUGAUCCUCGAUUUCGUUCGACCUCCCAUUUUUCACUUGAUCUAAUCGUAUUUUCCCUCUAUUUUCCCCGGUGAUUUACGACAAUUGAACCGUAAAAGCAUGAAUUUCCUGAUUGGAGCUUUCAAGCCGGCAUGUAAUAUAUCGAUCACAUUUACCGAUGGAAAAACUCGCAAGCAGGUCCCAAUUAAAAAGGAAAAUGGCCGAACGGUAAUGGUACCGCUUUUCCAAAGUCAAGAAAAUAUUGCUGGGAAGAUUUCCAUAGAACCACUUCAAGGGAAGAAAAUCGAACAUAACGGUGUGAAAGUUGAGCUCCUUGGUCAAAUAGAGAUGUAUUUUGACAGGGGCAACUUUUAUGACUUUACUUCUCUUGUACGUGAAUUGGAUAUUCCUGGGGAUAUAUAUGAAAGAAAAACGUAUCCAUUUGAAUUUUCUACAGUUGAAAUGCCAUAUGAAACUUAUAAUGGUGUGAAUGUGCGGCUCAGAUAUGUCCUGAAAGUGACAGUUAGCCGUAAUUAUGGUGGAAGCAUAGUGGAAUACCAGGACUUUAUGGUUCACAAUUAUUCUCCACCUCCGCCAAUCAACAACAGCAUCAAGAUGGAAGUUGGGAUCGAGGAUUGCCUGCACAUUGAAUUUGAGUACAAUAAUAGCAAGUAUCAUCUGAAAGAUGUUAUUAUUGGCAAGAUAUAUUUUCUUCUUGUGAGGAUCAAGAUUAAGAAUAUGGAUCUUGAGAUCCGGCGUCGAGAAUCAACAGGAUCAGGAGCCAAUACCCAUGUUGAGACAGAGACACUAGCUAAAUUUGAGUUGAUGGAUGGUGCUCCUGUCAGAGGUGAAUCAAUUCCAAUCAGGCUGUUUCUUAGUCCAUAUGAACUGACGCCAACACAUCGCAACAUUAACAACAAAUUCAGUGUGAAGUACUAUUUGAAUCUUGUUCUGGUUGAUGAGGAGGAUCGUCGGUAUUUCAAACAGCAGGAAAUUACAAUAUACAGGUUGCAGGAUUCCUGAUGAUUAUCAUAUACAUGUAAAUUUGACAUUCGAUCCAGUAAAGAACAAAUGAUUAACUGCCUUUCGGUACUUUUGUAAAGCCUCGAGGCUUAGGGUUAAAACUACUGGAACACAGGAUUGCUGUUUAUUUGGAAGGGCUAUAAUGGUUUUGUAUACUUUUCUUUAUUGAAGCUUUGACUCAGACUUGGUAUGUAAACGAGUCAUGUGCGGUUGAGGUGAGUAUAGUUGCUUUUUGAGCCGGUCAUUACCAGGCUGCCACUGAUCCACUGCUGUUGGACAUUAUAGUUUACAAAUUGCCAGUCCCUUUUCUCUGUGGAAUCACAUGGCAAUGGCAUGAUAAAUUGUUAAUUAACUCCCUGGUUGGUUUCUGUGUGAUUUCCAAUGUUGAUGGCGUUUCUCAUCUAUGAUUCAAUAAUUUAGUGAAUUAUUCUAUUA